AAUUGAAACUACACGUGCAUGUAUCACCGUUCUCAGGCCACCGCAUUCAAAUGCUAUUCUCGACCUUGCGCUAAGUCUCGUGGAAGUUGUUAUAACCCAGCUCCAGUUCCAUCUUGGAGAGGAUCGGCAACUUGUUAUAACCAAGCUCCAGCUCAAUCUUGUACCGCAUCAGCAGCUUAUUCUGACGCAGCUCCAGCCCCAGCUCCUUCUACCGAAGCACCUACAAAAGUAGACCAGAAAUCCGACGUAGUCUUUCCUGUAGGAUUGCCAACUAAAAUUCCACUUGGAAAUCACUGUGUCUGUCAAAAAUAUGUUAUGAGGCCUUACAUGAUCCCAUCUUGUGACAACAAUGCCGGUCAAGAAUGUGCUCCUGCUUGCGCUCCAGCUUUUGCUCCAGCUUGUGUUCCAGCUUGUGCUCCAGCUUAUGCCCCAGCUUGUGCUCCUGCUCGCGCUCAAGCUUGUGAUCCAGCUUGUGCUCCUGCGCCAGCUACCUCUGGAAUGUCACCAGCCACGAUGGCCCUUUUAGGCCUCCUUCCGUCACUUUAUGGAUCAGCAGCAGCUCACGGAGCAUCUUGUCAAGCUCCUGCAUCGUCCUGUCAAACUUCUGCAUCGUCUUGCCCAGCAUGCGGCUGCUAA